GAUCUGGAAAUUGAGGGCUGUCCAGUGUCCACGCCUUACGGAGUGCUACUGACUAGAUACCUGUCACGGUGGCGGGUGAUGGGUCAUGGACGGAGAAGCCAUGUCUCGAAGAUGGUCCUGCCUGGACCCAAGACCCCCAAGACGCGUAUGAUCCAUGGACAGCGUCCAAGCCGUCGAUUUCGGUGUGUUUUCCGGUUUUGAUGACAGGCCAUACAUGAUGCCAAAAAGGGGUCUAUGGGCCGGUCACCGCUUGUGUCACUUGACCGCCAUCAUGCUUCGGUUGUACUCCAUAGUUACUAUGUCGAGAGUCGUCGCAAGACACAGUCACCGUCUUUUGGCCCUUCUGUUCCGUGCCGUUCUUCGUGUUUCUUCUUAUUUCUCAGUUCUCAGUUGUUGGUCUUCUUCUUUCCCUUGCUGUCGUGGACGCGACAAGAAGAAAGACCAGGGCCAAAACAAACAGAGAGGUUGACGGGCAGUUGGUUGUCGGACCACCCCAUGACUCGUAAUCCUGCCGAAAUGACAUGUCCCCUUUCCCUUUCCCUUUCUUUCCCUUUUCCCACGGAGAAACAACUGCCUGCCCGGGGCUAUCCAACGCCCUCUCUCUGUUUGUACUUUGUGCACUGUACACUGUACAGUAGUGCUUUCUUGGUCAUCACCCUUUUAUUUCCGUUAUCUAAUUCUUCCCCUUUCGCUUCACGCGUUUGUGCAUCCGACCGGUGUUAGUCACAACUUCACAACAAAGGACCGAAAACCUUGUGAGACCGGGGGAGGCCAAUAAUGAUGGCGUUUCUUGGAAAGUUUUCGGGCACCAGCGCAGAAGGGGGAACGGGUGCGCGACUGGGACCGGAGCACUAGACGACUGGAGCUGGGCCCCGACCGAACCAAAUUGGGAC